GUAAGCAACGCAAUAAUCCUUUCUGGUGAAGGUAGGGGCCCCUUCCCGCUCGCGCGCCCACACGUUUCCAAGCUCGAAGCGUGCAGGCAGCACGACAGACGGCGCGCCGCCGCACCCACAGGGAAGAAAGGACUGGCAGUCAUGUGCAGGGAAGGCGUGGAGACACGCAGCACGGGCGCAGCUGACGCAGAAGGCAAGGGCAAAGGCAAGGCCGCCGCUGCUGCUGCCAGCGAUGGCGACCGGCCAACGAACAGUGCCUCCACAGCCAAGACUGCCGCCACGAGCUCGCAGAGAGAUAGGCACGCGUGGGCGUCCCCGCCGCCCAGUGGACCGGGCAUGCUACAAGAUCUCGCCCAGACGCUCGCCUCCGCCGUUAACGGCAAGAGCGGUGGCGCGGCACGGCUCGAUAGCACUCACGCCGCCACUGCUGAAUUGGCGAGAGCUAGCUCGAGCCGCGCUUUCGACACCGCGGCCGGGGGUACUGCUAUACGUGGUGGAUCGGGGAGUACAUUCAGACUGCAGCAGCCGCAGGUCGGCUCAGACACGGAAACGGACGCAUCGUACGCUGCCUUCGCCGUAAAAACGGCAGGAGGAGAUACAGGUGUAAGGACGAGCACUAGCUCGACUCUGCAUCCGACUACUUCCUCCUUCCUCUCACUCGACCGGCACAGUGGCGAAAGCAGCGCCGCUUCCCGAGUCCAGCUCGCCGCGCCAGGCAUAUACAGCUCCUCAGGGGAACUCGACGCGUCCUUGCAUGCGUACGUCCGAGCUUCUUCGCUGUCAGUCUUCUCCUCUCUUUUCGAAGAAAAAGAAGAAGGAAAAGAAGAGCAAGCGGACUCGCUCGCGGACCAAUUCUAUCAAAGCGCUGUGUUGGAUGGCAAGCAUGACGCGAGAGGCACGGAAGCGGUAGCGGAAGUGGACGCAUCUUUCGAGCAUGUCUGGGCCGCGCAUUCUGCAGGAACACAGGCGCCUCCUGCGUCUUUGUCCCACACCGUCGCGCCGGUAUUCUCAAAACCUGGAGCGGGCCAUGACGAAUUCAUGUCGCUCCUAGCGCAGGAAGAAGCACAGCUCGGGCCCGUCUCGCAGGAGCCAUCCGGUCUGAUUCAUGACUUGGCCGUCCCGUCCUUGCGCUCUCCUCUAUCGCCGUCGCCAGCGUUGGCAGGCGGUGAGGAACGCCCAGCGCCGCGCACACCCAGCCAGUUCUUCAUGCGGCAUGUUUUUCCCCGCGGGCACAGCAAUGCAGCGGCCAUGACCAGCGAGCAGUACAACCUGCACCUCGCGCUCGACGCGCAGCAGACAGCGCAGGGCGCAGAUGCCGAUCCGGCGCGCCUUGCGGAGCGCAUCGUUCCACCUGAUACCAAUGCCGCGGCGCGGAAAGGCGUCUAUGCGCUCACGCCUGAAGAGGCUUUCAGGCAUAUUUUGCAGGGCACAGAACUGCAACAGACGCAGCAGGAAGGAGCUGCCACAGCGCCUUUACGUUCCGUUGCAUCUGAGGUGGAGCGGCUUAAACGGCACCUGCCUCGUGAGACGUAUGUCGACGUGAGUCUCCCACGUUUCCACAUCUAUGGAGAAAAAGUAUAUUGAUGCUGGAGAUCGCGCCUCCCCCCAUGCAGCAAGUCUAUGGUCUGCCCCCGCUGCUCGCCAAAAUGCUGCAGGAAGCCGAGAUGCCGUCGGAGCCCGAAGAGUCGCAAGAGACAAAGGGUCGGCGUGCCCUCGCAGUUCGGCGCUUGCAAGCUCUGCGUCGGCAUCUG